AUGACGCAGCAGAAUGUGGUAGUACCUGACACCACAUCUGGAGUUUCCCUAACAGUUUCUCCAACACCAGCACAAAAAAAGCCACCACCAGCACCAGGAGGAUACAUUUCCAUUUCAAGGAGGAGGAGGGUUUUGAAGAACCUUGAAAUUAAUGGAGACCAAAGAGUGAAUGCAUGGGUUGAGUCCAUGAGAGCCUCAUCUCCUACCCAUCUUAAAUCCACACCUUCUUUAUCUCAGGACCAUAACUCCUGGAUUCUUCACCAUCCGUCGGCAUUAGACAUGUUUGACCAAAUUGUUGACGCGUCAAAGGGAAAACAAAUUGUCAUGUUUCUGGACUAUGAUGGCACACUGUCCCCUAUAGUUGAAGAUCCUGACCGUGCUUUCAUGUCCCAUUCGAUGAGAAAAACAGUGAAGAAACUUGCUAGGUGUUUUCCUACUGCCAUAGUGACUGGCAGAUGCAAAGACAAGGUAUACAAUUUUGUUCAGUUGGCAGAGCUAUAUUAUGCAGGAAGCCAUGGCAUGGAUAUUAAAGGGCCAACAAGAAGCUCCAAAUACAACAAAGAUAGCAAAGCUGAGGCAAUUCUUUUUCAACCUGCCAGUGAUUUUCUUCCCAUGAUAGAUGAGGUGUACCAACAGUUAGUUGAGAAGACAAAAUCAACUCCUGGAGCUAUGGUUGAGAACAACAAGUUCUGCCUCUCUGUUCAUUUUCGUUGUGUUGAUGAAAAGAAAUGGAGUGACCUGGCACGCCAAGUGAAAUCAGUUUUAAAGGAGUACCCGAAGCUCCGACUUACCCAAGGAAGAAAGGUGCUAGAGAUUCGUCCCACUAUUAAAUGGGACAAAGGGAAGGCCCUGGAAUUUUUACUAGAGUCCCUUGGUUUGGCCAAUUGUAGUGACGUCUUUCCUGUUUAUAUUGGCGAUGAUCGAUCCGAUGAAGAUGCUUUCAAGAAAUUGAGAGACAGAGGACAGGGUUUUGGCAUUCUUGUCUCCAAAUUUCCAAAGGACACUAGUGCAUAUUACUCUUUACAAGAACCAGACGAGGUGAUGAGCUUUCUUCAACGCUUGGUGGAGUGGAAACAUAUGUCCCAACGAGCACGUCAGAACAAUUUCCUAGAUGAAGAAGACACACUUAAGUUGGAGAUAAUUCCAUCACCAUCAAUGAUUAUUGAUCGAAUACUUGGAGACUCAAGGAUGAAGAUGGCCCCUUGUCAACUACCUUGUUACAAAUUUCUGAAGCUGACUCAAAAGUUGCAGUUGUGGGUUAGGCCGGCUCUAGAGGUAGCAUCAAGGAUUCAUUCAUGUACUGCAGUAGACCAACCAAAGAAAGACAGAGAAGCAACAGACAAGGGAGUAACGCUAAUAAUCACUAGUGUAUUGUGCCAGAGUUGA